GUGUUCCAUUGUCCAAUGAUAUAAGACACUGUUGAAAAAAGAAAAUCAACAUGCAAAGAAAACCCACUCAUCACAAUAUGGGAUAAGUUGUGAAUAGUUUUAGCCAAUCUGGUAUGAGCAGGUAGACGGGACUAACGUGGUGACGAGGGUUUGUGCUGAACGCUUUCAAUGCGCAGCCGCAGUCCGGAGAGACGAAGAUGGUGGUCGUCAAGGAAUACCGCGUGGUGUUGCCAGUCUCUGUGGAAGAGUAUCAAGUAGGACAGUUGUAUUCUGUUGCUGAAGCCAGCAAAAAUGAGACAGGAGGCGGAGAAGGCAUUGAGGUUCUGAAGAAUGAACCUUAUGAGAAGGAUGGUGAAAAGGGACAGUACACACACAAAAUAUACCAUCUAAAGAGUAAAGUCCCAGGUUACGUGAAGCUGAUCGCACCAGAGGGAGCGUUAGUAUUUCAUGAAAAGGCCUGGAAUGCCUACCCAUACUGUCGUACCAUUGUGACGAACGAGUACAUGAAAGACGACUUCAUGAUAAAGAUCGAGACCUGGCACAAACCUGACAUGGGAACAAUAGAAAAUGUCCACUGUCUGGAUGAGCAGUCGUGGAGGAACGUGCACGUGGUGCCUAUAGACAUCGCAAACAACGAGGAGGUGGCCUCUGGGGACUACAAACCUGAAGAAGACCCCGCUCUGUUUCACUCUGCAAAGACAGACAGAGGACCCCUGGGCCCUGAGUGGAAGAACGACAUCAAGAAAACAGACUGUCCUUACAUGUGUGCAUACAAACUGGUCACCGUCAAGUUCAAAUGGUGGGGUCUGCAGACCAAAGUGGAGAACUUCAUCCACAGACAAGAACAGCGUAUUUUCACUAACUUUCACCGUCAGCUGUUCUGCUGGAUCGACAAAUGGGUGGGUUUGACCAUGGAGGACAUCAGGCGAAUGGAAGACGAAACUCAAAAAGAGCUGGAGGAGAUGCGUCAGAAGGGAGAUGUGCGAGGCACCUGUGCAACAGACGAGUAGACACACGUCAAUGUAGGUCAAACACUAGAGGCAGGCUGACUGCGUAAAACCGGUCCAGUUCGAGGCACCAGUGCUGCUUAUGAGCAGUGAGGCAAACCAACCAAACCCUGUCACGAUGAUGUCAUCUGAGACACGCCCACCACAUCGAGCAAGUGGCCCUGGCGUUGCCUCUCUCCUCUUCCUGUCUCACAUUAUUAAUUUGGGGGGGGUUUACAUGAUUGGUUAACAGUGCUGUAGAGAUCCGACCCAAUCACAAGCCUCCUGUUCACCCCAGAAAAUAAUAACAAAAAUGAUUUUGCAUUCUCAAAAAAAACCCAACUCUUUGCACUGAACAUAAUUGCCUGAUACAUAAUUGUAAGUACAAAUUACAAUGGGCUUUGUUGAUUCAGGUGUUUGAAGGACAACACAGAAAAAUCAAGCCUUUUAAACCAUUUAGAAUGUUGUUUUUAGGUCGACAAACUCCCACAUAAAUUGUUAUAUAAAAACUUUAGCAGACAUUGGACCAUUGUUUCCUCCUCUCACCCUCCUUUGUAUUAUAACUGUCUACUUAAAUCGUCAUCUUUCCCUCAGUAUUGUCUAUACUCUUGUCUUGAUAAAAAAAAAAAAAAAUAUUGUCUAGAUGUCCUUCCUAUGUUUUAUUGUCCCCUCUGUCUGACAGAUGGUUGGAAGUCUGAAUUUUUUGUUUGUUUUAUAUUUUCUCCCUGAAGUUUAAUUUUAUUUUACAUUAAUUGAGGUUAAUAACCAUCUACUUAGGGGUUUAAAACAAAUUGAGCUCAACCAUGAGCAGCAAUUCUUUGUGGUUGUUAUUAUGUUUUGUAUUUGUUUUACGUUAUUUUUUUUUUUUUGCACCAGCUAACAUUUACACACACCUCCGACAUUUUAACGUGCAGUCCCAUUAUUGUCGCAAGUGCAUGUGGAAAACUGCUAAACUAUCGACCCUGUAACUCUCAUUGCAUGUGCACAGUUGCUGCAGUGCAGCUAAUGUAGAAGGAGAAAGUCUCUGUGACACACCGGUGUGGAAUCGCGUGCUUGCUUGUGCUUGUUUCUGUUCUCAGCUGCCUUCACAAAAAGGAACUGUAUGUUUAGAGACCAGGUCGUUGAUGUGGCGUCUGCUCACAGCUUCCCUCUCAGCCGUUUGAGCGCUGCCUCCUUUUGCAUUGUCUCUUCAGUUUGGGCUUCACCUGACAGGCUUUCAUUGCCUCCGCACAAGCAUUUUUUUUUUAUUCUCUUCUUAAUCUGUAACUAACUGCUGUGGGUCUUGGAGCUGCUGCCUGCAUGAAUCAAGGUCAUGUACUUUAAUGUUAUGAAGUUACCAUUUAUGACGGAGUCCUGGGAGUCCAGCAGUGACCUGGUGCAGCUAAGAUUAACAAGCAUUUUGGGUCGUUUGAAUUGUUUAUGCUCAAUAGGGAUGUAACGAUGCCUCGUGAAUUGUUAAGAAUCAAAACAGAUCAGUUGAAAUAAAAAAUGAAUCGUGCAUUGAAAUGUUAGAACUAAGCUGCGUUAUCUCAAAAAGUCAGUGGUUAUUCCGCGAGGCUGCACACUCUAGUACAGUAGGUGGCGGUAUGCACCUAAGAAUGUUGGUUGUGACCCGCUCUUAAACCAAGACGUCAUGUCCCUAUGUAGCCUCAGUGACCUUCAGGCGUUCAAACUGAGGAAGAACUUUAGACAAAAACAGGUCCACCAUUUACAGAAAACAUGUUUCUGUAAAGGGAAACGGUGUUUUGCAUGGUUCUAAUACAAUACAUAGUUCAUUGUUUUUGGUCAUAACUCAUUCUGUUUAAUAAAAAUUGUGAUAAAAUUGUACUGUAACAAAAAACUUCUUAAUAAUAUGAUAUUGUGAGUUAUCGUAGAGUAUCGUUCCAUCCCUAACGCUCAGACUUUUUUUCCAUUCCCCAACAUUUCUUUAAUGUUAGUCUGUGGCUGCAGUGUUUGUUUGGUUUGGUUUUUUUUAAGAGUGAGAGCUGAUUCUGUUUUUGUGUCUCGUUGUAAUGUCGUCGGGCUUUGUAGGCAACUUUUUUGUCAUGUUUUAUAUGAUGGAGAAUAAUUUGUUUUAUUGAGGAUUUUAUUCAAUCAGGUGUGAGAGUUACCAAAAAAUGUCAGGUCUUUACGUUGAAACCUAUCCAAAGGCUCUGUGUAUGAUUGGUUAAAGGCGAGUGUAAACUAUAUUUUACAACAGAAAAGGACAGACUGUACAUAUACAAAUACUGAGUGUAGACAUACUGUUGACAGUUGUUUGGUGGUCAGGUCUAUCAGGUCUUACAGUUACUGCUAAAAACCUGAAAGCUUUGUGGCAUGGUCAGGUCUGGUGAUGUCAGAGGAUGGUGUGCUGCGUGUGUGUUUGUGUGAAGCUGGUCCACCUGUCCCUUACCCUCUGACCUUGGUUCAAAUGUACCUCAGUUGUGAUUAUACAUCAUCUUCAUACAGUAAAUGGGCAAAGAUCCACAGGCCAUUAUGUCACCCUAACACCUGGAAAUUUUCUCAAAGUCAGAUUUGCUCUGCAUGCUCAACACUUUUAUAUUCUUCUUUUUUCCACUUUGACCCCGUUUCUGUUUGAUUAGUCCACUCUUUCACUGUGUGUCAGGCUGAUUUAGCUCGAGCUUUGGGCAUCUGACAGAUGACUGUAAAACCAUGAUGGGAAUCACACAAUAAACAGACUCUGAGAGACUGUGAUGCACAUCAUUGUCCGUAAAGCCAGGAUGUGAUGGAAAAGGGCAGCGAUGGAGGAUUAGGAAACAGACCAAUUCCAAAAUAUUGUUAUCUUAGUUGUAAUAAUGAAUAAGCACUUGCGAUGUCUACUGUGUUUUUCUGCUUUUGUUUUCUGUUACCUUUAUUUGAAAGAUAACGAUUCACAAUGUAUUCAAUUGUCUGUUUUCUGGUAUGGCAAAAAAUAAAUAAAAAAUCAGGGGAAUUAGUAGUGAAUGUAAAAAACAAUUAGUAACUUUUUUCUUUUUCACAGCCCUCAAGCUGUAACAGAAGGUCUAGACAAUGGAACAUAACAGAAUAUCUAAUAAAUUUGAACAAAUAAUAA